CCCCUCCCCCUCAACACACACUCUUGCACAUGCAGUAUGAAAACUCAUAUUUGUGGUUGAAAAACCUGUUGAGUGAAGACCAUCCUCUCUUAAAACCAUACCUGCAGGACUGACAGCCAGACUGCUUGUUAACAGCUUCUUAGUAACAUACUGCCUUUUCCCCAGGGACUAUGGAUUUGAAACUUUGAUCUCAGUUACUCUGACUUACUGCACUAGGGUAUGUGUAUUUACUACUUUUUUUUUCAUAGUCUCCAAACUCUUUGGGUCUGGACAAAGGGAAAGACAGGGAAGCCUCCGAUUUGAAUAAGACCAUUUUACAGGUAAUGGACAUCACAGGUAAGAUCUCUUCAGGCUGUGAGGACAUGGCCACCAAAGCCCUGACCUGCGGCGCUUGCGUUUGUGAAAACCCCGAGGACGUGCUGCUACUGUGUGGUCACCUCGCGUGCAAGUCCUGCCUGACGCAGUCCAGUGCGGGUUCCUACCAGUGCCCUGUCUGCGGAGGAGUGUCCAGCGCGGAGGACAUGCGCUGUAGCGCGGCUGUGAGGGGGAGGCAUGGUGGCGCGUCACGGCAGAGCCCACAGGCAGCCGGAGGAGAGGGUGGGGUGCACUGCGGACCGCAUGGUGAGAGUGCCAAGUACUUCUGCCUGGAGGAGAAACGGUUUCUAUGUGACACCUGUGAGGACUCAAAGGAACAUGGAGGUCACAAACACUGCCUCAUUCACGAAGCCGCUCUUGACUUGAAGAGGGUUCUGGAGGUCAUUCGGGAAGACCUUGGGUGCAAGCUAGAGACCCUAAAAGACAGUAAAGAUGCCUGUGUUCACGCAUUAGAGCAUAUUAUGCACCAAGCCGAAGAAUCGGAGGACAAAAUUAAGGAAGAGUUUGCAAAACUCCAUCAGUUUCUGUGGGAUGAGGAAGCAUCCAGGAUAGCAGCCCUGAGGGAGGAAGAGGAGCAGAAGAGGCAGGUGAUGAAGGACAAGAUUGACAAAAUGUGCGAAGAAAUCUUGUCUCUCUUAAACACAAUCAGUGACAUAGAAGAGGAGAUGGGUGCAGAGGAUGCAGUACCCUUACAGGACAUAGUUGCGGCAGGAAGGGUUCAGUCUCUAUGGCAACAUCCAGAGGGCAUUGGUCCAGGUGAGCUGGUCAACCUGGCAAAGCACCUGGGCAACUUGAGGUUCCGAAUCUGGGAGAAAAUGCAGGACAUGGUUCUAUACACUCCUGUGAUUCUCGACCCCAACACGGCCGAUGCUCGCCUCCACAUCACUGCGGAUCUGACCAGUGUGAAAAUCAGCACUGACGCUGACCACCAGCCACCUGACAACCCCGAGAGGUACGACACGUUCGCCUGCGUCCUGGGUUCCCGGGGCUUUGCGUCGGGGACCCACAGCUGGACGGUGGAGGUGGACGCCAACACCAGCUGGGAGGUCGGGGUCAGCUCGGGCGCCGGCCGGCGGAAAGGGGAGGCCAUCUGGCCGGGCGUCUGGAGCGUGGAGUUCUGGGACGAGGAGUACUACGUCCGGUCGCCGGGGCAACAGGAGAAGACGCUCCUCCGAGUGGCCGGGAAGUUGCGGAGGGUCAGAGUGAGGCUGGACUGGGACGGGGGCGAGCUGUCCUUCUCAGACCCCGUGAGUGGCGCACAUCUGUUGACCGUCACACACACCUUCACAGAGACGCUCUAUCCAUUCUUCUACAACGGCUGUGACACUUACCCUCUGAAUGUCCUCCCAGUAAGGCUCAGACUUGUAGCAGAGGACUGAAGCAUAAAUCAUAAUAAUGAUGUUAGUAUGACACAUGUCUUUGAGGUGAUAUGGCAUCAAGUAAAGUAUCUAUGCUCAGAUAAACCAUCUGGUAUCUGCGUAUAUUUAGUAUAUUUGCGUAUAAUAGUAUCUGGCUAUAUUGAAAUAUCUGUCACCCCAUUGUGUGUGGUGUGUCCAAAGAUGUAUGUGUGUGUAUGUGCACAAACAUUUUUGUCCUGUUCACAAAUGUUUCCUUUAUAAAUAGUUUUCUUUAUCGUUCCAUUUGAACAACUGCACUACUGGUCAAAAGUUUGGGGUCACUUAGAAAUUUCCAUUCCACUCCAUUAUAGACAGAAUGCCAGCUGAGAUCAGUUGCAUCGUUUUUCACCAUUCAUCCAAUGUUUUAAAGGCACAUUCUGUUUACUAAUCUGAUAUCUUUUUAAAAGGCUAACUGAGUAAACAUUGAAGAACCCCUUUGCGAUUAUGUAAGCACAUAAUGUAAUCUGAAAACUGCUGCCCUGAUUAAACAAAAAACAAUGCAACUGAUCUCAGCUGUCAAUUAGCUCAGCUAUAAUUGAGUGGAAUGGAAAUUUCUAAGUGACCCCAAACUUUUGACAGGUAGUGUAUAUCCUGUGUUUCAUUAACUUUCUGUUGUUGAUUUAACUGAAUGCUUCACUGCACUGUGUGUGGGUGUGUUUGUGGGUGUGGUUAUGCAACCGCUUAUCAUUUCCCAUUCACUUCAAAGUAGAAAUCUAUAAAUGCCAGCUUUGGGGCCUCAACAUUCCUUAACAUGCACACGUUCAACAAUUCAAAUAAACAUUCAAAGUAUAUUGUUUGCUUACAACUACUGUAUGCUAAGGACUACCUGUGUAUUGGACUGACAGACAGUGAUAGAAAGUCCCUGGGUUAUGGCUUUCAUUCAAACAUGAUGAAGAAAACGUCAGAAAGUAGUAGACCACAGAGAGUGUGUUUGCACUUUUCUUUAGAGGUCUAGAGUGAAAGUAGAGAAGGAAAAAACAAGAACAAAAACACGUCUAAAAUACUGAAUUUGUUAUUUGCUCAAUAAAUAAAUUAGUAGCUUUGUGUUGUACUGUCAAAGUAUUGAGUAUGCUGUGAGGACAUUAGGGCAAACACUUCUGAGAGUGAUCAAA